AUUUCUUCUUUUUCUUCCACCAGGCUUUUGUUCGUAAUUACAAAUGAAAACAAAUUCUGCUUGGUAGGCGUAAAUUAAGUGAAAAUUCUCGCGUAUGUAGUCCUCGAACUGCGCCACAAUGUAUCGUAAACUGCUGUACAGUAUAACCAUAGUGAUAAUAUUUCACAUUGCAUCCACACAGAGUCAAUCGUAUGAAGAUAAACGUUGCAAAUGCAUCUGUCCGAGCUUCAAAACGGUGGACAAUACCACCCAAGAAGGAACCGACCGGAUGCUGAUCAUCGAUAAUGUUCCACCGAACAAGUGCAACUGCGACGGUGUCAUCCUUCCCCGGUUAGCGAACAAGAUCAAGGGAAAGGGGCAGGAGAUUUGUCCGCGAUGCGACUGCAAGUACGAGAAUCGCAACACGACCAUCAUAAAGGUCGUUGUCAUCAUUGUGAUAUGGAUCAUUUCUCUGCUCGUUAUCUACAUGCUGUUCCUGAUGUGUUUGGAUCCGCUGCUGAACAAGCGCGUGAAAGCUAACUACCAGGAGCAUACGAAUGAAGAUGACGACACGGCCGUUACUGUGGGCAAUGGGCAGGACAUGCAUGUGCGUGAGAACAACGUGCUGAACCGGGUUGGCCACCAGCAAGAUAAAUGGAAGCGCCAGGUACGUGAACAGCGCCGUAACAUCUAUGACCGGCACACGAUGCUCAACUGAGACAGCGGGAACCGGCCUAUCGAACGAAUCAUCACGCAAAUGUGCAAUGUAUUUCCGAUGAUCUGGGAGUUUAUAGGGCAAAUUCCACACCAAAUGUCCAUUAAGCCGAGUAAAAACAUGUUUGUUUUUGGUAAUUUAUUGUUGUAGUUUGCUUCAAAUCCCAGCUGUAACGAAUUGGUUAAACAUUUUUGGCAUAAUCGGUUGAAGAAUAAAGCCAAAAUUUGUAGAUUGUA